UGCGGUUUGACUGCUUGGGGUAAACACCGACUUUGUUUACGUGUGUGAAGCUAUGCGGAUGAGGCAAGGGAAUCAUAACUACGAGUAAACAUUAAUGAUAUUGAUAUUAAUCUUCUGAUUACAGGUGCAGAUCAACCAUCUACAAUAAAGUACUACAUAUUAAGACACACAAAGAUUUUCCUACAAACAACUAAAUUAUCUGAUAUAAUUUAAGAAACAAGAAGCCUAGAAAAAUAAGAUCCAGGGGAUAUAGACAACAAUCGUCUAAAACCCUAUAACAAGAAAGAAGAAGAAGAAGAAGAAGAAUCAUAACUGACUAGUGUAUUUAUAUAUGCAAGAAGAUGCCAACAGUAAUCCUCCUAGAUGUGUCUCUUUCUAUGAGCCGGAGUGUAGAUGUAUCAACUCCCAGCCAGAGUGAAGAAGUAGAAAGAUUAGAACUAAGGAAGGACCUUGCCGCCCAUGGAUGUCACAGUCUACUCGAUCACUUUGCCCAACACUGUAAAUUAGAAUUUGCUUGCUUGAUAUCCUUUUCAUCUGUGUACAAAAUCCUUAUGCCCUUUACAAGGGAUUUUGAAUCCAUAAAAAAUGCCCUGAAUCUGGUAGAAGAAGGAGAUAAAACAAGCAUUGAUGUUGGGCUGGUUGGUGCGGCUCAGCAUAUCCUGGAGGAGUGGGGGAAUGGAACUCCUUGUCAGAUUGUUUUGGUGACCGAUGGUAAUGCAGGGAUAGGACAGCAUGCCAUGCAGAAGUCUCUGAUGUCUCCUCAUUCCCGAGGAGCAGCUCAGUUCCCUUUGCCCUUCCCAUUUCCUGCAAAACUCAGCAUUGUUUGCAUUGCCAACCCGAGUGAACCAGGCUUCCAGACUUCAAAACCUUUAUAUCAACGUCUGAUUGAAUUGAAUGGAGAGGGUGAUAUUCUUGUUCCAGAAGGUGGAUUAAGCAAAAAGUCAGUAUCAGAGUUAUUUGAGCAGCUUAUUAAGAACAACUUCUCCUCGUAUUCUGGAACUCUUCACUGCGGGAACUUGUCUGCUCCCAUUACCCUGUCACCUCCACCUCAGCCCUACUGCCGUCACCAUGAUUUUGAAGUGAUACGUGUGAGUGUAGAUUCUGCCAUCCAGGUGCUGGGAUUUCUAAACACGGGAGACGUUUCUUCACCUCCUGCCUUCUCCAGACAUCUUGUGCUUCCUCUUUCCACUAAAGUUUACACAGGCAAUGAUGUUAUUCCUUGGAUGGGGAAAUUAUCUAAUCUUGGACCUGCUUCACUCUUGCCUACAAAUCCAUAUGGACAAAAUGAAUCUUCUACACCAUUUCCAUUGAAGAUUCAAGAAGAGAAAAGCUACGCACUUAAUUGUGUGGUAUGGGUGCGACAAGGUGGCUUACAAUCAGAUAUACAGAAAAUCCUUCGUCAUGCUCGAAAACUCCCAGAUAAGACGCAGAGCUUUUACAAGGAAUUAAACCGUGUACGUAGAGCUGCCCUGUCCUAUGGAUUUGGCGAGCUCCUAGAAGGACUGGCAAGUGUCUUGGAGCGAGAAUGCACUCUCCUGCCUUCUUCUUCCCAUCCUGUGGCGGCCAUUCAGCUUCAACAUGCAUACGAGGCGCUAAGAAACCACGACAAGAGUGAUUUCAGACAGAAUAUUACUCCUUUGAAAACCACUUUUACAGGCAAUGACUAAUCAGAAGUGAAUGUCUUAAGAGAUGUGGCUUAUCAUUGAAAUCAUUGUAAGGAAAAUUCUAGGGGACAUGUGUUGAUUUGUUUUGCCUCGUAGUUUACAUCACCAGAUAAGCAAAGCACCAUUGAUUCCAGUAAGCAUCUUCAUUAUCAAGAAACUCAUUAUUACUGACAAUUCACCUCAUUCCAUGUUGAUAGGCAUGUAUUUUUUAAAUAAGGAAGUCUUUCUUAUAGUAAAUUAAACAUUCCAUAAUUUAUGCAGGGAAUUCUACUAAACAUUCCUUUAAAAAAGGGUUUUAGAAUGCCUCCCCCCUUCCAGAAAAAAAAGAAAAA